AUGUUAAGAGAGUUAUUUACAAAAUUUGAUUAAAAAUGUUAAUAAAAUAAAGUUUAUAAAUUAUAUACAAUAGGAGAUUGUUAUGUAGUUAUGGGAUUAAUAAAUAUAAAAAAUAGGAAUUAUAUAUAAGAAGCUUAAAAUGGUAAAAAAAAAAAAAUUAAAAAUAUAAAAAUAUAAAAAGUGAUAAAUUUAGGAUUUAGUAUGAUAGAAAUAAUAUAAGAAGUUAGAUAAAUAAUUAAUUAUGAUGAACUUGAUAUGAGAAUAGGAAUUCAUACAGGUAAUAUUAUUGGAGGUGUCGUUGGAACAGGAGUUGUUAGAUAUGAUAUAUAUGGACCUGAUGUCGUUAUUGCUAAUAAAAUGGAAAGUAAUGGAAAAUAAAGUAGAAUAAUGAUUAGUGAAAAUACAUAUUAAUUAAUUUAUGAAAGUUGUCAAGAUAUAUAUAUUUUUGAAGAUGAGGGGGAGGUUUAUAUUUCUAGUCAGAAAAGAAAAAUUAAAACUUAUUUUAUCAGACAAUAAUUUUAGUAUGAAAAUUAGUAAGAACAUAAUUCUAAUAUAAGUAAUAAAUAUAGUAUAAAUAAAUUAUCUAUUUGA